AUGCCCGGGUCGGGCGGGAAACACUGCGUCCGUCAGGCGGCCAAAGCAGCGCUGGGUGGGGUGGGCACCCCCACACUGCUCACCCGCGCGGUCGCCGGAGCGAAGGACGUAGGUGCACGGACAAAAACCCCCACCACGCUGACGCUGCGCGUACCAAUCACGGAGCUGCUGAGGGGGGGGAAUGUCCCCAGAACGCUGCUGCUGCUGGCGCUGACCACCACCAGGGCUGCUCCGCUGCGAAGCGCCACCCCGACCACCUCCACCUCCUCCACCACCGCCUCCUCCACCUCCGCCACCACCGCCGCCUCCGCUAGCACCGCCGCCGCCUCCGCCGCCUCCUCCUCCACUGCUGCCACCGACACCUCCACCCCCGCCACCACUCCCACCGCCACCCCCACUCCCUCCGCCGCCUCCACCGCCACCUCCACCGCCCCCGCUAGCUCCACCCGCGCCCUUGCCCCCCUUGCCCUUGCCAGAGCGGCGUCUCCCGCUAGAGGCAGACGCCACACCGACCGACUCAAGACCAACGAGGUCGGCCGCAGCGGCAGAGGCGACAGAGGGCAACAGGGGGGAAGGAGAACACCCCUCAAAGAUGGGGGUGCGAGGGUCACCACGAGAGGCUCCUACAGCGACUAUGCUCUUCUCCGCUGCUAG